AUGAAACUGAAACCUCAGUGCAGCUGGUGCAAGAAAUACGAUGGUUUUGUAGAAAAUACACAGUUACGGAUUGUUAUUCUUGGAUUUAAAAGGAUUUGUCAUUUCAUUCAUAGUUCACCAAUCAUGACAGCUCUAAGGGAAAAUACUCUGAAUGGGGAAAAUGAUAAUUUAGUCCGGAUAAUUGAAGAUGGUUUAAGAUUCGAGGAUGAUUUCAAAAUGUGCUCACCUAUCCCACUACCACCAGUGUUAUUACACAGUCAAUUGUCACCGAGUGUGAAGAAAUCUUCAGAUUUACCAAAGGUAGAUCUUGUACGACCCCUGCCCUCUACGUCAGAAACAACUAGUGAACAGGAAGAUAAUCUCUCUCCUCCUGUUUUGGAAAAAUCUCAAGAAAUAGACAAAGAACUUGAAAUAAAUGUUGACGUUGAAUCACAUGAACUGUCACCGACGACAUCAGAAGAACUUAUUGAUGUUUGUAAGUUACCAAGUCCUAGUGAACAAGACAAUAAUUCACUUAAAAGAAAGAAAGAACCAGUUUUAUCAUUUGAAGCUUUCCAAAAUACAAAAUUAUUAGAACACAGAUUACUUGAAGUAAAUUGCAUUGGACCAAAGGGAGGUAACCUGAGGAUCUCUUCUACUCCUAUCGUGGAACUGUCAAUGAAAAAAUCAAAACAUUCAAAUAAUCCAAGUGAUGUUAAAAUCUGUAAGUGUGGCAGAGGUGGAACAAAUAGCAGAUUGACUUGUCUAGGACAAAGAUGUCCAUGUUACAUCAAGAAACUACCUUGCAUCAACUGUAAAUGCCGCGGCUGUAGGAAUCCUAGGAAAGCUACCGCAACUAAUUCUGAAAUCUUAUCUAACAACAAUAAUAUUUCUGAUUCUUCUUCAUCUGUGGACACACAAGUUUCUCAAAAUGAAAAUAUCUGUGUUGUGUAA